GAAGCCGGGUUGCCGUGAGGAUCUUACUACAGCCCCGCGCGCACACCGGAUUGAUCAGUUUCACCGAAAAAAACUCUCGGAUCUUAUUUUAACACAAGAAGGAGGGUUCAACAGCAAGAUAUUGAUAAAGGAAGAAGAAAAACACCACCGGAUUUCAAAUGUUUCUGUAUGGGAAAUUGCACUUUUAAAAGGAAUUACUCAAGAAACCAGCACAAAAGCAUCCCAGGACUCUGAGGUAGACAGGGACAUGUACCAGGGAUUCCCCGGUGGCUUUGACUCCGGCUCCCGUGACAGCUCUUCCCCCUCCGCUGAGUCCCAGUACCUAUCAUCCGUGGAUUCAUUCGCAAGCCCUCCGACCACCACUGCUUCGCAAGAGUGCACUGGAGCAGUGUCGGAGAUGCCUGGCUCAUUUUUACCCACCGUGACGGCCAUUACCACCAGCCAGGACCUUCAGUGGAUGGUCCAGCCCACACUCAUCUCCUCUGUGGCCCCGCACCAGCCCCAGGCCCCCGUGGCCGUGUCUCACCAGGGCCCCCUUGUGGAUCCGUAUGAUCAGCCCAGCACCAGCUACAGUGCGGGUUACACUCCACCCAGUGCCGAGGCUCCAGGGCCUAGCAGGCCCACACGAGCGCGCACACGACGGCCCCGCGAAGAAACUCUCACCCCAGAAGAGGAGGAGAAGCGACGUGUCCGCAGAGAACGGAACAAACUCGCUGCGGCCAAGUGCCGCAACCGCCGGCGUGACCUCACUGACCGCCUGCAAUCGGAGACAGACCAGCUGGAGGAGGAGAAGGCGGAGCUGGAGGCUGAGAUCUCGGAGCUGCACAAAGAGAAGGAACGACUGGAGUUCAUGCUGGUGGCUCACCAGCCUACCUGCAAAAUCCCUUUUGAAGAGCAGCAGCAGCAGCAGCAGCAGCAGCAGCAGCAGGGUCCUGAGCAGCACCAGUUGGCUGGGCCUUCCGUGUCCAUCCUGGGGCUGUCCGUCAAAGAAGACCCCUUCUACCUGCCCCCCGCCUACCUGCCUCCCCCCCACGAGCAGCUCCACCACCCCUCCCAGCAGGGGCUGAUAUCAGCGGAGGUAGCGUUUUCUAGUUCUUUCUAUGCGCACAGCGAGCCCGGGCCCAACCCCUGUUACACGUCUUCCUUUGUGUUCAGCUACCCUGAGGGGGGGGGCACUUGUGGGGCGAGCGUUAACCAGCGGACCAGCAGCAGCGAGCAGUCCUCAGACUCCCUGAGCUCCCCUUCCCUGCUGGCCCUGUGAGCGAGCUGCCCAGCGAACCACACGCACACGCUCACACACCCCAUCUUCACAGCACCGUAGAGUUAACCCUGCUCCCUUUGUACCGCAGACAAACUAGACAGCAUACACAGAUUUCACGCCUGCUACUGAAUUCUCUUCAAUGGUGUGGCUUUGCCGUCUUUUCUCUUUAUCGUUUAAAGCAAACUCCCGGGACAUCCUCAAUGACUCCGGCAGUUGGAUCUUCAGAAGAGGAAGAAGAGGAGUCAGCCCAAACUACCCCCACCACCACUGCCUCCUGGUUUUUUGACUGAUUGGAUUUGAGUAUAACCGCCUCCCCCUCCCUCCCUGCCUUCUUCUUUCUCAACCUUCCAGCUCCUGUCUUAGCAAUCUGGGGGGAAAGCCACUUAGAAAGCCCAGGGGAAGAGCUGUGAAAAGGAGGGGCUGGAGAUGAUGGUAUGGCAUUGUAUUAUAUGGCUAGGCACAGCAAGCCCACGCACGGCUACUGCUGUUAGUCGUUUUCAAAGUGGGUGUGUCAAGGAGUGAGCGUGCAUCCUGCAGCCUUUAAAUAGGAUUUGUAUUAUUUACAGAUAAGAGCAAUGUUGUGUGUUGAAAUAUAAAUGUAUUUGUUUGGAACAAAUGCACAGUUACUGUGUGCAAUGCCCAUCAGCAGUAUUCACCAUGGCUUGUAUGCGCUGAGUCUUUUAAAUAAAGCGUCUUGCCGCUCGACCUGUACAGCAACAUGCUCGUCUUUUUACAUUCUUUUCUCUUGGACUUGAUAACUUGAUAGCUUACAAGCUAAACAUCUCAUAACCAUAAUCACAGUUAUGCAACACUGCCGAGCUCAGCAGGAGAACUCUUUCUCGUUAUUUGUUUAAAAUGAAAAGCAGUGCUGAUGUGUAUGAUUGGGAGGUGGAGAACUUCCUCCAUUGAGGCUCCUUCACUGAAACUUUCUCCCCAGCUAACUGCCGCCCAUCAUGGAGGAUCCUAGGCGGUUGCUAGGUUACACCUAAUCAUAAACAGCUUUCUACAAAUUCAAUUGAUUGACUCCUAUAACAUACUUGACCAUAGGAGCACACCCCUAUUCUGUGCUUGCAUGUUGAGUAUUUAUGCAGUCACUUAUUAGAUAACUCUCGUACCCAAUAGCCUCUAUAUACUUAUCCUUCCUCCACACAACAGAUUCACUGUUUUCCCAAUCAAACACACUGCAUUCAAACAACAUUUCAGCUUGCUAUUUUUAAUGGUUUAGUAAGUAAUGCAAUCCAAACUUUUUCAAGCGAGUGACUACCACCUAAUACACACAUUUCUGUAUGACUUUCUAACACCAAGUUUGUGAAUACUAAUGAUAAUGAUAAUAAUAAUAAUAAUAAUAAUAAUAAUAAUAAUAAUAAUAAUAAUAAUAAUAAUAAUGGUGAUUGUGUUGAAUAGGGUAUUUGUGCUGAUUGUGUUUUUGUUCUAACACUAUACCAUGGCUCAAGCUCCAGAAUUUAUUUUACUUGUAUUGAAGGAGAAACACACCUGCUAAUAACACAAAACUAGGACCAAACAAAAUUCAAGGGGUCAAUACCAUUGCUUUAUACUGCUGUGGAUCUAAAUAGUAUCUUCAUUUAAAACAUUGGAAAAUCUCCAUCAGUGUGUCUAAUUUAUAUAUAGGGUGAUUCAUAAUUCAGGCAACAUUGUCACGUCAAACUGUGUCUGUGACAGAGACACAUUGUGACAGAGACACAUUGUGACAGAGACACUGUGACAGAGACACACUGUGACAGAGACACAUUGUGACAGAGACACUGUGACAGAGACACAUUGUGACAGAGACACUGUGACAGAGACACACUGUGACAGAGACACUGUGACAGAGACACUGUCACAGAGACAUUGUGACAGAGACGCUGUGACAGAGACACACUUUGACAGAGACACUGUGACAGAGACAAUGUGACGCACCGUUUGGCCACCAAAGGGUUGUCAACAUUUAGAAUGAAAAACAACAGUGCGUGAAUUAUGAAUCAGUCUGUAUUUUUGCCUUGGCAUGAUUGCUCCUAGUUCUAAAUGAGGAUUGAGGUCAUUAGACCCACUGCCAGAUCUCUUUACAGCACCCACUUUGUUUGUUUCUCUUUUUGUAACAUUGCUCUUGUCUCAUUUAAACAAAUCCAACUGGGUUCAGUAUCACUUAAUUUGGCAUCCAGAUAAUUGCAAUGUGAGAACAUUGAUUAUCAGCUUUGAGCUUGACCAUUGUACCUGCCCCCUCUGAGGGUGAUGUGCAGAGUCUCUGCAGCUUGGGCACUGUGCCCUGGGGGUGAGGGUGAUGUGCAGAGUCUCUGCAGCUUGGGCACUGUGUCCUGGGGGUGAGGGUGAUGUGCAGAGUCUCUACAGCUUGGGCACUGUGUCCUGGGGGUGAGGUUGAUGUGCAGAGUCUCUGCAGCUUGGGCACUGUGUCCUGGGGGUGAGGGUGAUGUGCAGAGUCUCUGCAGCUUGGGCACUGUGUCCUGGGGGUGAGGGUGAUGUGCAGAGUCUCUGCAGCUUGGGCACUGUGCCCUGGGGGUGAGGGUGAUGUGCAGAGUCUCUGCAGCUUGGGCACUGUGCCCUGGGGGUGAGGGUGAUGUGCAGAGUCUCUGCAGCUUGGGCACUGUGCCCUGGGGGUGAGGGUGAUGUGCAGAGUCUCUGCAGCUUGGGCACUGUGUCCUGGGGGUGAGGGUGAUGUGCAGUCUUUGCAGCUUGGGCACUGUUUAUAUUUUGGAGAUUGUUAAGGGGAUCUUUAUUGUACAGAAUGUAAGAAAAUGUUUUCUAUGAAUUCAAAAGAUAGCCCCCUCUCUCUCUCUCUCUCUCUCUCUCUCUCUCUCUCUCUCUCUCUCUCUCUCUCUCUCUCCCUCUCUCCCUCUCUUUAUCCUAAACUGACAUUUUUACACGAGGACGAUUUGAGACAGGGAGGGGGUCUAUUUUUAUUAUCUCAGUCGUAUUACUGCCAUCCUAAAAGGACUGUGAAAUCUAUUUUUAUUAGCAUUGGUAACCUUAUCACUGCCAUUCGAAGUAAGGGUGGAAUGAUCAUUGUGUGUCAAUGACUCAUGAUACCCUCUUUACAUGAUAUAUCGUGAUAGUGGGCUGUAUCAGUUGAAUCGCGAUACACACCAGCUCAUUGGAGGUCACUAAAUGGUCCUUGAAUGAAGGAUCAGAGUGUUUUAUAGUUUGUAUGAACACUCUCCUGAUCUCGUUUAAUUGUUGUCUUUCAACAAAAUCGUCCAUCAUUAAGUUUGGUCUUGUUAUACAUCACACAAGUAGCCACUGCUGGACUUUUUGUAGAUUUUUUUCAGAUACAGUGUCCCUCCCUGUACUGUGGGUCUCAUGGUCUAAUGUCCUGUCAUUGGAGUGAACCUGACCUACAGCCCAGGAAGCAACACCAAAAAUAAGCAUUUACCUGCCAAAAACAGGAAUGGAUUUUAAAUCUUGGCUAGCACUUAUUGAAAGGGGCUGCUCUGUUGCUGACCUCUUCAGAUUGUAUUCAGUGAUGUUAAUAAGGGAACAGCACCUGUUAGAUUAAUGCAGAGGCCUUAAUUGAAUGAAAGUUCAACCAGAGCUUUACAAUGGACAAGUCACUUUGAUUGAAUCCAGUUCAGAUAAUGUUCAAUUGCAGAAUUAAGAUCGGCUACUGUUCAGAUAACUGAAAUAACCCCUAAGAAAUAAAAUGCUAUUAUUAUUAUUAUUAUUAUUAUUAUUAUUAUUAUUAUUAUUAUUAUUAUUAUUAUUAUUAUUGCGCAUAUUGGGGAAAAUCUUGCACUAUAAACUUUUUUUAUAUCAAAUAAAUAUGUAGGUCAAGUAUAAAUUUUAGAAUAUAGUAACUUAUAUUGUGUUUUUUGUUCUAAAUGUUUUUUGUUUGUAUUUUUAGGUUAGCAAUUUCCUUGUUUUAGUUAAAGCGAAAAAAAUAAAAAUACAAUAAAAACAGCCUUUCACUGCCUUUUGCCACUAUGGUAUACAUGAUAUAUAUUAUAAAAUGUGUGUAUAUAUUUAUUUGCCGUAAGCAUUAGUUACUUUGACUGCGAACAAUGAGGACUUUGUGAAGGAAGGUGUUUUUAAUUCCAGUGAGUUUCGGUGUUUUAACUGGGAUUGUGAAUUGAUGAAUGUUACAUAGUGCUUGGAAAAUAGAUUUUGGAAAUCAAUCCAUGUGAAAAAAAUAUAUGUAGAUCUCCCUGGGGUCCACAGUGUGGACAAACAACUAUGGCAAACAUUUUGGCUAAAAGUCUUUUUCAAUGUCCAGAAACCAGGACCAAAGGACACAAUAGGAAAUGAAGAUUAAGGACAGUGGGUAGUGGUGAGGGGAUGGAAGGGGCUAUCCAGUCAUGUAGCUGAGGUACAAUCACUGGGAUCCUUUGAGACCCAGCAUGACAAAGUUCUGAGAUCCAUCAGCUGCUAGGAACCAGGAGAGCGCUGAUGGGCCGAAUCUCGUUCGUACAUUUUCUUAUGCUCUUUCUGUUUGUCAUGGAAUUAGAUGACCUUGAAAAAGACUUCUCGAUGAAAUGUUGGGCAUAGAAGCCUGUGUUAAAUAUCUAAAAUGACUGUAAAAUGUUUUAAACAGUGAGUUGAAUAGCUUUUGCAUGUGUAUUUUAUUUAAUACAUCAGGCCUGGUGGUGUUCUGAGCAUGGUCAGUUUCUACUGUAGCUGUUUCUAUCGCAGUGCUGUUCAGCGUUUGUUUCAAUGACGCAUUUCUGGGCAGGAUGUUGUAAACAGCUGAUGGGAGGCUCCUCGUUGCAGGGGUCUUCUGGGAUUCUUGCCCCCGCGGCAGCUGCCUGGCCCUUGUUGCUUAUUAAAGGCAUAUUCUGUGUGACUCACCUGUUUGUGCGCCAAGAGCUAUCUCUUCUACAGGUGCUGGGUAACUGUAAUGAUGCACAGCCCCCUCUAUGGGCCACAGUGGAAGUUGCAACUGUCUGACCCCAUCCUUACCACCAGCCUGUAUAUAAACAAGGUUUAUACUUUGAGACAAGCAUAUAUGCUCAAAAUAUACAGUAUGUGUAAAUAAUAUAUCAUGCAUAUAGGGCAUGGCCAUUGUAACCCAUUCCAGUGUAGUAUACACUGGCGGCGUGCUUGAGUUUAUUUUUCAUAUGGAUUGUAAUGUUACAGAUAGAACGGACGUAGAAUCAAUGCAGCGCUUGGGUUUGUCUCUCGUCUUUUACAUAAAGAGUUGUAUUUUUUUAUUUCAUGGACUACAGUUAAUAACGUCACUCUGUUCCAAUGAUUGCUGUUUGUAUUGAGUUAUGUAGUGAUUAUAGAUGCCAUCUGUGUUUGUAACUUAUACAAUCCUGUAAAUACCUUUCAACUCACCAGGCCAUAUUUUCAAUGCAUUUCCUCCAUUCUUUAAUUAACUCCUGUUUAUGAAAAGGAGAAAAAAAUCCUGUGCUCAAGAGAGCUUGGAUUAUAUGAUUUCGUUGUUUGGUUCUAGUUUUGUAAAAUGAACAGGACUUAGUUAGAUUGCAGCAGUUUUUGCAAAUUUCAUUCAUUCUUGGUGAGGCCAUUUUGACAGCAAACUGUACAUUUUCUAAACUUUACUGGUCACUAAAAAACAGUUUUCAGUAUUUUAAGCUCAUAGUGAAAUAGGAGGCACUGUAUAGGAUAAGUCAUACAUUAUAAUAAAUAAAUGAUUCAUAUAAGAUAUGGAUAAUGUGACAUGAAUUAUAUAUAAAAAAUGAUAUACCUUUAUUUUUGAUGUAUUAUGACUUAGCAUAUUGUAAAUGUAUAACCAAUACUUCAACAUAUAUUUCCAUAAAUUACCUGAUCCUUACAUUUUAUGCUCACAGUUUUAUUUCACUUCCCAAAGUGGCAAAGAUUGAGAAGAGGUAGAGAAAGGGUAUGGUAAAGUCUUAUUUACUGAAGAGAAAAUCAAAUCAAAUGCCAUUUCAAUAGAUUUGGUUUGCAGUACUUUUUCAUUCUGAGUGGUUCUGGGUUCUGUUGCUCCAAUAUUUAGUCACAAACCAAGUAGAGCAGAGAUUCUAGAACCAAACAUCACAAACCAACUAGAGCAGAGAUUCUAGAACCAAACAUCACAAACCAACUGGAGCAGAGAUUCUAGAACCAAACAUCACAAACCAACUGGAGCAGAGAUUCUAGAACCAAACAUCACAAACCAACUGGAGCAGAGAUUCUAGAACCAAACAUCACAAACCAACUGGAGCAGAGAUUCUAGAACCAAACAUCACAAACCAACUGGAGCAGAGAUUCUAGAACCAAACAUCACAAACCAACUACAGCUAUAGAUCUAAAAUGUUUUUAUGUUGGAGCAUCUACUGUGCCCCAGAGUGUGUGUCUCUCGCUUUGUGAUAUACUGUGAAACCAUUGAGAAGCCAGGCCUGGCCUCUGGGGGGUUAUUUAAAAUGAAUGGUGAAAUAAUAAAAUAUGAACUAUGAAUUCAAUAAAGAAAUAUGCACUAUGAAUUUAAUAAAGAUGUUCCUUGU